GACUUUCCAACGUCAAAAAUCAAACUCCCAAAACGUGUUGAUUUCUUUGACACAUUGGUAUCUCUCUCUCUAUCCACAACCACCUCUCUCUGUCUCUCUGUCUGUGUAUAUGUCUCUCAGUUUGAGCUCAAAUUGAGCCAACUCUGUCUCAGUCUAGAGAGAGGGAGAGAGAGAGAGAAGCAGCAAGAGUGAGACAGUCAGGGUGUGGGUGUGGGUGUUGGGUUGGGUUGGGUUGUUGAUUUGAACAAUGAUCAAGUACAGGAAUGGGGAUAUCUGGGGAUUCGAGAAUGGAGGCCACGUUGGUUGUUCUUCUUCUUAUUCUGAUUCAGAGAGUGGAGUGAUCUUGGGUGUGGACGGUGGCACCACGUCCACCAUCUGUGUCUGCAUUCCCUUCUCCUCCCUCCACUCUCUCCCUGACCCUUCUCUUCCUAUCCUCGCUCGCGCCGUCGCCGGUUGUUCCAACCACAACAGCGUCGGAGAAACUGCAGCCAGAGAUACAUUAGAACAGGUUAUGGCAGAAACCCUUCUAAAUUCAGGUUCAAAGAGAUCUGCUGUUCGAGCUGUUUGUUUGGGUGUAUCUGGUGUUAACCAUCCAACGGAUCAGGAAAGAAUAUUAAAAUGGCUAAGGGACAUAUUCCCAAGCCAUGUAAAGCUAUAUGUUCAUAAUGAUGCUGUAGCAGCUUUGGCCAGUGGGACAUUGGGUAAGCUUCAUGGCUGUGUUUUGAUUGCCGGUACAGGUUGCAUUGCUUGUGGAUUUGCUGAAGAUGGACAAGAGGCUCGUGCUGCUGGUGCUGGACCUAUCCUAGGUGAUUGGGGCAGUGGCUACGGAAUUGCUGCACAGGCACUGACAGCAGUGAUAAGGGCUCAUGAUGGUCGUGGUCCACAAACAAUGCUUACAAAAAGUGUUCUACAGUCACUUAGUCUUUCUUCUCCAGAUGAACUUAUUGGGUGGACCUAUGCCGAUCCAUCUUGGGCACGCAUUGCGGCACUUGUCCCAGUAGUGGUGUCUUGUGCGGAAGAUGGAGAUCAAAUUGCAAACAAGAUUUUAGAAGAUGCAGUCCAAGAAUUGGCUGUAAGUGUGAAAGCAGUUGUUCGAAGACUUUGCUUGGGUGGAGUAGAUGGAAAUGGCUCUUUCCCAGUUGUGAUGGUCGGCGGUGUGCUUGAAGCUAACAGGAAGUGGGACAUAGGAAAGGAAGUUAUUGACUGUAUCCAGAAGACCUACCCCAAGGCUUGUCCAGUUAAACCAAAGGUGGAGCCUGCAGUUGGGGCAGCUUUGUUUGCUUGGAAUCUUUUGAAGAAAGAAACAGAAGUCAACUGCCAUAGAUGACCUGGGAUGUGUUUAGAAACAUCCAAUUCAAUUGUAAAGCUCAACAUACAUGGAAACUUUGUACAAAUGAAGUAAAGCUUGAACAUUGUUAUUAUUGCCCGAAAAGCUCAGUAAUUAUUGACACCGCACAAACUCUAUUAUUGUGCACACUGGAGGGUGAAGAGUUUGGAUGCAUAAUAUAAAGAGACUGCUGUUGUGAUUGUUGCUUUUUUGUGGGGCAGGGCUUUAUGGUGGGGGCAAAUUACAGCCACUAUUUAACCUCAACAUUUGAAAGCUCACCCCAUCUUACACUUACAGUGUCAUAAUUUAUUUGAUAACCGAUAUUUUUUUUCUUUAAUAGUAUUUUAUUUUAUUUUUUUUGUAUUUUUCUCAAUAGUUUAAAGAAGUUUUAUUGUAUUAAAAACAUAGUGGUAUAUUUUGAGAUGAAAUGUGAUGUGCAAAUAGAGGCACCCGCCUACA